CUUGUCCCGCGCGCGCUUUUCUGCCCGCCUGGCUCUCGCUCCUGUCAGGUGCCUGCGGCGGCGGCCAUCGGGCGGGCGGGCCGCGGCGGGGCCGCUCCAUGGCGCUGACGUGCGCCUCCCUCCGCGGCUGAGGGCUCCGCUCCCCGCCAGCGCCCGGGGCAUGGUGGGUAGGGUCGCCGUGGCCGCGGCGGCCCCCUCCCUCCCCGGGAGAGACGGCGACGCUCAGCCAUGCAAGAAACGGCGAGAGGAAGAUAAUUCUGUAAAAACAAUCACAAGAUAUUUUUCACCAUUAGCAAAACCAGUGGAUAAAGUGUUGUCACCACCAAAACCCAACAAUAUAUUGGAUUAUUUUAAAAAGACAUCUGUAACUGAGAAAGCUACAAUUGGUAAUAUAGCUGGAGAAAAUAAAACACCAUUGGAUGCUGAUGACAAAGACUGUAAGUCACCUUUUCAACCACCUUUAAAGCGGAAGAGGAAAGGGAAGAGAGGUAAUUUAAAUAAUAAGCUGAUAGAGAUGAAAGAAUCUGAGCAUGAAUGCGAAAUAGAAAUUAGUAGUGAUGACAGCAGAGAAACAACAGGAUUGAAACAAGACAGUAAUGAUUUUAUUGCUACUUGUACUUUAGUUGGCAAAAAAUGUGUAGCAGAAUUAGCAGAAGAUAAUGUGCAAAGAAAGGACCUCUCAAAUGUUGUCAUCGACACAAAAAAUGUGAAGAAAGAUGGUUCUCAAUUAAAUGGAAGAAAAAAUAGGUUAAGAAAAUCAAGGAAAAGGAAGCACAAAGUAAAUAUGGAUUCUGAAAGUUUUUCAUCUGAAAACCAGCUGAAUGAAAAAUAUAAAAAGGAAAGUGAAGAUAAGAAAAAAAUGGUAUCUCCUACAAUAGCAGAGUGUGAUGCUACUAUUAGUGACUCCAGUUUUGAAGUUCAUACGGAUGACAAGUCAUCACAGGUAAAUAACAGUAUAAUAACAGUGUCAUUUGAGGACUUCUUGAAGAGUCAGGGAGAAAAUAAUGUAGAUCAUGUUGAAGAAGAUACAAAGCCAACAAUGAAAAAUUCUGCUACAGCAAAUGAAAUGGACAAAAGUGAUAGUAUUAGUGACCCAGAAAAGUGUGAGGAAUCUCAACAGCUACCACUUAGAACAGUAACUGUCCUUGCACAAGUUCAUUCCGUUCCUCCAAAAUUAGCUCCUUUACAUAAGGAGCCAAAAGGCUCUAGGAAAAUAGCUUCCAUUUUUUUGAAGCAGAAAAGAUGCAUAGGGGAAAAAGAAAGUAGCCCACCCCUCUUGGACAGUGAACUAACGGAACAGGUUACUCAGAAAAGAAAAUCUAAUGUAGUUAUUGAGGAAGAAGAACUGGAGUUAGCUGUACUAGAGACUGCAGGCUCAGAUUUUUUGAAGCCAAAAUGCACUCUGGAAGAAAGGCAUCAGUUUAUGAAGGCGUUUAGACAACCAGCAUCAGAUGUAAUAAAAAGUGGAGUUAAAAAGGCACCUGGAAAACAAAAGCAAGCCAUUGGAAAGUCUUCAAAAGAAAAAGAAGGACCUGAAGAUGACAUUGCUUCAAAUAAAGGAUUAGAAGGUGGAGUACCAGAAGAUUGUGUAGACAAAUAUACACAUUCUAGUCCUGAAAACAAUAGAACUAAACCCAAAAGACCUAAAAAGUUUCAGAAAAAAGGAAACAGAAGAAGGAAGGCUUCAGAAACUAAGGAAAUGAAUGUCUCAAAUAUUAGCAAUUACAAUGAAGAUUCAGGAACCAAUGUUCUUACUAAGGAAAAAGCCUUAGAUUUAAGAAUUUCAUCAAGUCCAAAACUCAAUGAGUUAAGGAGGAGUUUAAGGCAGAAGAAAAUCAAAACAUCAAAAAAUGUUACACCUAAAAAAACCAGGAAUAGAAAUACCUUUUCUGCUGAUGAAUUAAGUGGCUGUCCUUUUCAGACUUCUACACCAAAAGCAAGCAAGCAAUCCAUGAAGAAAAGUAACAUGUAUAAAGCUGAGGUGAUUACAGUGCCCUUCGAUGGAAGCAGCCCAAUAAGAAUGAGGUUUACACGUAUCAAUGCAACUACAAAAUCAAAUAAAGCUGAAGCCACAAAAAAUGAAGAGUUUAACUCCAAAAAUAUAAAGAUAAUCUCUACUUCUAAGAAUAUAUCCAAAGCGAAACAGCUGAUUGAAAAAGCAAAGGCUAUACAACAUAAUAGAUCAAAGGUUAAUGAAGACUUACCAGCUCCUGUGAGGCGCUCAUCUCGACAGCAAGCUCUUGCUGAAAAGAAAAAAUUACAAGAAAGUGAAGAAUCAGUAGUAAUUUUAGAUUCAAGCCUGAGUAAUGCCACUGCUACAGUGCAGAAUGUGAAGCAAAAGAAUCUUCGGAGCUUAAAUGAUGUUUUGGGGAAAAAGUCUAGAAACUUGAAGGUUUCAAAGAAUUCAAACGGAAAACUGGGAUAUCCACCUUCCUUCCUAGGCAGAAAUGCUCAAAAAUCUGCAGGUGAACCAAUUGUGAUCUUUGAUGAAAGCAGCCAAGAUGCAUCUGAAAAUUCCCAAGAUGAUGAUCAGUUCAGAGCAAAACGUGAAUUCUUGAUGAGUGGAUUGCCAGAGUCACUGAAAAGACAGAUUGCAAAGAAAGCAGCAGCAAUGGAAGCAUACUCUUUUGCAAGUUCAUGUUUUAAGACUGUUGUCCAUGUACAGCAGAAGGAUGACUGCUAUCCCAUGUGGAAAUUGAAAUCACCAUCAUGUCCUCUAUUAACUAAGCUAAGGAAACUGAAUACUGAAGUCACUAACGUCACAAAAAUUACUCUCUCACUUGGUGAAUUUUCCACUGUGAAUUCAAAACUAACUGGAAACUGUUCUGCACCUGUGCUUUCUGGCCACCGACCAGUUUUUUCUGAUACAUUCAGAAAAGAUUUACUAGAUGAGAUUAUGUCUUCUAAUUCUCAAUUUCCUGUGAGAAAAUACUUCUACAAAUUUCUGAAAAAGCAAACGGAACGGUUGGGUUUUGAAAACAGUAUACAAGAAAGCAGAGAUGGCACUGCAAAUUCUGAGGUAAAUCAGAAACAUUCUGACAAUUGGAAGGAAACUAAGAGGAAAAGGAAAGAAACAGAAGACCACAAAUCAAAAAGAAGAAAACAAAUUGAAGGUACAGAGACGGAAAUAAAAUCCAGAGUUUCCAGGAACCUUAUUUCUCCCAUAUCUGGAGAAAAACAAGCAGAAACAGGACAAGCCAUGCAUUUAGGAAAAAACAAGACCCAGAAAUCAGAUGUUAUGACAGAAGACACUGAAUGUUUAUCAGAGUCAAAUGCACUUUCAGGUGUUGAAAAGGAAGACAUGCUCUGGACAGAAAAAUAUCAGCCUCAAGAUUCCAGUGAACUUGUAGGGAACAAGAAAGAAAUUGAAAGGCUACACAGUUGGUUAAAAGAAUGGAAAAAAAGAGCUGAUUGGGAAGAAAAAAGACAUCAGAAAGGGGAAAAGGACAAAGAGCAUGAAGAUUCUUUGGACAGCCUUGACUUUAAAGAUAAUAAAUCUGAUAUUGAGGAAGAGACUAGCCUUUGCAAUACAGUUCUGAUAACUGGCCCACCAGGAGUGGGGAAAACUGCUGCAGUAUAUGCUUGUGCUCAGGAGCUUGGUUUUAAGAUAUUUGAAGUCAAUGCCUCUUGCCAGCGUAGUGGUAGACAGAUACUGUCCCAACUGAAAGAAGCUACUCAGUCUCAUCAAGUGGACAAAAAAGGCGUUAAUGCACAUAAGCCUUGCUUUUUUAACAGUUGUAGCAGUGCCAAGUCACCAAAAAAAAUGUAUUCUCCAAAGAAAGUUAUUUCACCAAGAAAACCUCCACUGUCACCAAAAGGAGCAGGAUUAAAACGAAGCUUGCCCCCUAAAACGCUUGCAAACUAUUUCAAAAUUUCUUCCAAACGUAAAGGUAAUGAUGGAGCAGUAACAUCUCAAGAAAAAAAUAAAGGAAAUACUCAGAAUUCACAUGAAGAAAAGAAAGAUGCUCAAAUUAGAUCGAUAAACAAAGAAGUAGAAAGAGAAGAACACAACAGAAAAAGUGCAACAUCUCUCAUUCUUUUUGAAGAGGUAGAUAUAAUAUUUGAUGAAGAUGCAGGAUUUCUAAGUGCAAUAAAGACAUUCAUGGCAACUGCAAAGAGACCUGUCAUUCUUACCACCAAUGAUCCAACAUUCAGCUUAAUGUUUGAUGGCUAUUUUGAAGAGAUCAACUUUAGAACCCCUUCCUUGAUAAAUGCUGCUAGCUAUCUUCAAGUGCUGUGCCUAGCUGAGAAUCUACGAACAGAUGUAAAAGACUUAGCUGCUCUGUUAACCACAAAUAACUGUGAUAUCAGACAAAGUGUUCUCUACUUACAAUUUUGGGUUAGAAGUGGAGGUGGAUGCUUGAAAGACAAAUGUUUGGCACAUCAUGGAGGAGAUGAGACAAAUAAAGCACAUCAUGUAAUUCAUUCUGAAAAGACUACUGAUUCCAAGGUUGAUUUUUCUCAAGCUGAUGUACAUCCUCAGGAGUUCCCAAAAUGUGACACAGGCUGUGUAGAGACCUUGCUUGGCCUUAAGAAUAUCCUCUCGCCUUCAGAAGAUCUGUUUACAUUUCUUAAGCACAAAAUUACAACCAUGGAUAAAUGGAAUAAAUUGAUGCAGCUUCUUACAGAAUUCCAGAUGAAGAAAGUGGAUUUUAUAUAUAGUAAUCUUGAACUUAUUCUUCCCUUACCAGUGCAUAUUCUUUCAAACCAAUCUGAAGCCUCUAACUCUACACUUGAAAGGACUGCCAUAGCUUCUUUGAAAAACAGAUCUACCAACAGUUAUUGCUCUGGAAAAAGGAACCCUGGAAAAAAGUCUAAAAAGACAAAGAAACAGAAAAGGCUUGAUAUAUUGGAUAAUAGCGACUUAUUUGAUAUUGGACUGAACUAUUCAGCUGAAUUCCUAACUUUGCCAUCGGAUAGUCCUAUAUCAUGUGCUGAAGUGAAUAAAGAAGAAUCAAAAUCGUUGAUGAAUAAAGAAGAAAAAGAAAUUAAAUCUAAAACCUCAGCAAAUGAGAAGAGGUCUGCUCUUGUCUUUCAGUGUCUGAAUUCACUGACUGAAUUUGUGGAGAACAUGUCUUUCUUGGAUUGCUGUGUAAACACUAAUACCAAGGAACGACUGGAGUUUUCUAAAGAUGAAGGAUUUAAUUGGACAAAUGGCAAAAUAAAAAAUGGUCUUUGUGAUGAAUUCAGUAUAGAAAAUACUGAUUGGUGGAGUUCCCAGAGCUGUAGUGAGAUAAAGGCAGCUAUUGAAGCGCUCAGUUUUAACAAAUGUUCUGUUAGUAUUUCACAAAACUUGGAAUCUUCUUUGAGUACCAGUAAAACACCUGAAAGUGAUCAGCUGGAGGGACUUACUUUGCAUAUUUCAAACACAAGAAAUGAUGUAUCCUUCAGUCAGUCAGCUGAUUCAAGCAUUCACAAAAAAGCACAGAAGAGGCUGGCAGUCAUCAGAACUGUAUUUUCCAGAAGCCCUUUAAACCUGGGUAAUAAGCAAGCCAGCAUACUUGAAUACCUCCCCACUCUUCGCAGCAUCUGUAGGUCUGAGAUGCUUAAAGAGCAAGGGAAGACUAAAAGAAGGUUCUUGCAUUAUCUUGAAGGGAUUCAUCUCGAAAUAUCCAGACAAAUGAUAAACGGUCUGUCUUUGGACUUCCCUUAAAAUUGCUAACACCAGAAAUACUUUGUGCCUAAUGGUGGUAUUCUCACCAUAGUUUGAUUUUAAUUUUUUUACCAUAUUAUUUUAUUGUAUAUUCAGAGCCAUUUGUAUAUUAAAUUUCUAUAAGUAUUUAAAAUAAUGUAUAUAUCUAUUGUCAUGAUAUUGCUCUCCACAACUGAAAUGUGGGUUGGUUUGGUGCUUGUCCAGUAAGUGCAUUUAUAAUAUUAAAUGCACAAACUAAUCAAUGGGGACUACUUCAUCUUAUCUUUCUCUGAAAUUUGUGUAUCACAUAGCAAGAAGUCCUUUUGUAAUGAGCAGCUGUCACAACUUCACCAGCAAAGUUGCUUUUUUUUCUGAGGAGACCGUUUUAUUAAAAUAAGCUUGUUUCUUUCAGAAUUUGCAGUUAAAUAACCUGGGGUGGUAGGGGGCAUGGAGAGGAUGCCACAAGUCUUCUAAAAUGUAAAUGACUAUAAACAGCUCUUUGCAAUAAAGACACUGUUACGCAGUCAUUACAAAGCACUAUGCCUCAAUGUACAUACAUUUGUACACAUUGGUUUAAUUUUGUUAUUUACAGCUGUUAGAUCUGCAUGUUAGUCUCCUAAAAAGGUAGAGAAAAUAUUACUGUAGCUCAAGAUGGACUCAGAUUAGGCAAGAUUUUGUAAAUAACAAUUAUUUCAGCGAUACUUUGGUUUCAGUAAUAUUUAACUACCAGUCCUGUAUAUUGUGUUCUAUUUUUAUACUUCAUUUUGUAUUUGACAAGGCUUCAGCCUGAUCAUUUGUGAUUGAAUAUGGUUUUAUACGACAAUAAAUUUCUGAGACUUUGCUACAAUUCUGAAUGUUUCUGUUUUAUGAAAAGUAAGACUCCUAAACUUAAUGUUUUCAGUCUGUAAAGAUGAUGUGUAAGGGUUUUUUUAAACUGGAAAUAUUUCAACCAUGUACUUUUCCCCUUAACACUGCAGUUGGACUGUUCCUCUUCCUCAAACUGAGUCAGAUUGGUGCCAUGCAGUGGUACUCUGCUUACCUCAAUAUUUCUGUAAUAAUAAGGAAGGCCAUUUUCUAGUACAUUUUGUUCUCAUCUUACAUUUUUCAUGUCUUAAAGAUGUUCAGGAAUGAGAAAUAUUUAUGGAAACACUAAAUUAUUUUAAGCUUCUGCAUUGUAGAUAGUAAUCUUUACAGCUUACUCUUUCAGUAGCCUAGAAUUAUCAAAUAAGAAUGAAAUAAAGUGGUGGCUGUUAAAAUAUUAAUGGUUUGUAUUGUUGUGUCAAUGGUCUA